GGGAAGGGGUGCAGGGACACAUCCCAACUCACAGGAAAGCCAAUGGGAGAUAAUUAUCUUGUCCUCCCACCGUAUCUUUGAUGUGUCCUCCCAGGAGCGGAAGUGUCUGGGAUUCCGCUCAAUCCAUCGCUCCAAAACCAGGCGUUUGCACGGGGAGGACGGAGCGUUUGCUUCUCUUCCCAAUAGAGGAGGGAGAUCUUUCACCGUCGCUGUGCGCUAUUCAUGAGGCUUUACCAGCGCGGGACAUGGUCUUUGAGGUCUGCGCAAUAGCCACGGACGCCUGCCUGGACACGGGAGGGGAUUAAGUUACUGCUGCUGGCGGCGGAUUAUUUUAUUGGCCUCCUGUCACGCCUGCCACCAACCAGCCUUUGGUGAUCCUGUUUCCAAUUAAGCACGAUCGCUGAAGAAGAAGAAGAAGAAGAAGAAGGGGGGGAAAAAACAGGGAUGUCGUUCCGUAGAGGUGUGGUCCGGCAGAGUAAAUUUCGCCACGUCUUCGCUCAGGCCUGGAAGGCCGAGCACUGCCUCGACGACGUCAGAGUGUCCCGGGUGACAUGGGACGGCCCCCUCUGCGCGGUCAACCCCAAGUUCAUCGCGGUCAUCAUCGAAGCGGGGGGAGGAGGCGCCUUCCUCGUCGUUCCGAUCGGCAAGAGCGGCAGAAUCGACCAGUCCUGCCCCACAGUCUGUGGACACGCGGCGCCUGUGUUGGACAUCCAGUGGUGUCCUCAUGACGACAACAUCAUCGCAAGUGCCUCAGAGGACUGCACAGUGAAGGUGUGGCAGAUCCCCGACGGCGGGCUGACCAGUCCGAUGACGGACCCGAUUGUGACCCUGGAGGGCCACAGUAAAAGAGUGGGAAUCCUGGCUUGGCACCCUUGUGCCUUCAACAUCCUAUUGACUGCAGGCUGCGAUAACGUGGUUUUUGUGUGGAACGUGGGCACGGGCGAACUCGUGUACCAGCUCGCCGACGCCCACCCGGACCUGAUCUACAGCGUCGGCUGGAAUAAGGAUGGCAGCGCCGUGUGUACUGUGUGCAAGGACAAGGCCCUGCGCAUCAUCGACCCACGUCGGGGCGCUGUCCUGAAGGUCAGAGAAAAGGUCCAUGAUGGUACAAGGCCCAUGAGAGCCGUCUUCCUCGCCGAUGGGAAAAUUUUGACCACAGGCUUCAGCCGUAUGAGUGAGAGGCAGCUCGCUUUGUGGGACGCAAAGGAUCUCUCUGAGCCGAUGGCUGUGCAAGAAAUGGAUACAAGUAACGGAGUUCUUCUUCCCUUUUAUGACCCUGACACAAACAUGGUCUACCUUUGUGGAAAGGGGGACUGCACCAUCCGGUAUUUUGAAGUGACAGACGAGUCUCCCUACGUUCACUUCCUGAGUUUAUACAGCAGUAAGGAGCCUCAGAGGGGUGCAGGGUUUCUUUGUAAAAGAGGCGUGGAUGUCAACAAGUGUGAAAUUGCCAGGUUCUACAAGCUGCAUGAAAGGAAAGUGGAACCCAUUUCUAUGACUGUACCACGUAAAUCAGAUCUCUUCCAGGGAGACCUGUACCCAGACACUGCAGGCUUGGAGCCGGCUCUGCUGGCAGAUGAAUGGAUCGCCGGACAGGACGCAGCACCUCUGCUCGUCUCUCUGAGCGGAGGGUACGCGGCUCAUCCCUCCAAACACAGAGACACCCUCAGAAGCAAGCCCAAGCUAAGCUCUCAGGACUCCGGGGCCGGGGGCGCCGCCACAGCAGCAACCGUAGCAGCCGCUCCCACACCUACACCUACCUCUGCCGCCAAGGAAGUGGAGGGAGAAACGCCGCAGCCACGAGUGACCGCAAGGGAGACGGAUGGAAAUACCGAGAGGCCAAGGAGAGAGGAUGAAAUGUUGAGUGAAUUGUUAGCAGAGAUGAAGGCCUUACGGGCAGUCGUGCUCGCUCAGAACCAGAGAAUCGAGCUGCUGGAGAGGCAGCUCGCCCGGAUCGAAGACGGCGACGUGUGAGGAGGCAUAAAACUCACCGCAUUCCUGAAGAAUCUAUAGACUGUAGCCUUACUAGUCUUAAUACCUUAAUGCUUUGUGAGUGUAAAAACUGUGUGUAAAGACUAUGAAUCGCAGUGGCUUCCAGCUGCUAUGAUCAAGGCUGUACUUCCCAGAUGAUUUUUCUUUUUAGUAAAUAUGGUGUCAUCUGCAUAGAGUGAAAUUUAUAGCAAAACUAAAGGAUCUUGUAGCAGUUAUUGGAACUUGCAACUUUGAGCUUUUUUAAAAAAAAAAUUAAUACUUUGAUUCUGCAAGACUAGAGGAGUUACAACAGGGGUUCCCAAAGUGUGGGGCGCGCUCCCUAGGGGCGGCGCAGUGCCAAGAUGGUUUGUAUUGUGUUUUGUUGCAACCUGAAGUGUGAAAUAAACUUCAGUGGAGUUUGAAAACAAAAUAUGUGUAUAGGUUUAUGUCUGGUUGAACGAUGUGUGUGCCCAGCUGAUUUUUAUUUUUUUUUAUUUUUCGGGGGGGUUUUAUUGUAAUCCAUAGGAGGGCCCAGAAAAUCUUUGGGAACCACUGAGUUACAAUGACACGAUUCCUUUAAAUUAACGCAAAAGGUUAUAAUAGGCGUAAUGUGGAACUGUGCUGACUCGGCUGAAGGUUGCUAUUUUAUAGCAAAGCAUUUAAUUACCUCCAACACAUGUGUUUUCCUGGCGGACAUUCAUCAAUGUCACUUUUAGGGCUUAUUAUUCAGGUAGUUUGAGGUGCAAAAGUGUCAAGUCAUGGCUUGACUUUUUACAUGACUUGUUCUUUGUUUUCCCUCUAUUUUAUAUAGUUUGCUCUGUUCAAAUGUAUGAACCUAAAAUCUCAAUAUACAACAGUGAGAACCAUGUGAGCGAUAGGUGGUGAGAAAGUUGUGGAGUAUCUAUGUGUAGUUUCAUUCCGUGUUGUUGCAGUAAUGGAAACGGUCGAGCGCUAGUGAUUUCGUGUGUUAAGAACAGCGGCUGUGUUUUAUGGGUCACUUUGAAGUUAAGCAUUUGAUUGAAAUUACACACAUGCAUUUAUAACAGUUUCAGUCAACAGAAAUUUAACAUAACACUAUUUUUCCUUUGGUUUCAGCGAAAUAUGCAUCUGUGUUCAAAUAUGUAAGUUUAGUUCUGUUUCUUUCAUUUUAGUCGUACUUUUGUGAACGUUCUUUAUUUAGAGGCAUUACUGUGUGUUUUAUGUAGCAGUAGGAUAACAAUGUUGCAUUCCAGUUGAGCCCUUUAAUACUUUAAUUCUAAUUAUGCACUGACCUCUUAACACUCCUAUGAACAACAGGUUCAGCUAGACAGUGGUGUAAUGAUUGACUCAACUUUGUUUCAUGUUUUGUACGAAAAAGCCUUUCGGUUUACACUAAUGUUCCCUUCAUGGUCAAGUGUUUGUGAUCAGUUCUAGUUCUGAUUACCCUUGGAAAUACUGUGUUUGAGUGUGGUAAUUGUUAAAUAGAUGAUGAAUGGACUUUGUUUUUAAUCCAACUUGUCAUUCUUAAUAAAAUAUCCCAUAAAAUA